AUGUCACUCCACUCUGUUAAAGCCAGUGACAAAGACUCUGGAAACAAUGCGCGCAUUUCCUACUUCCUUGAGGACAGCCAACUGAAUGGGAUGUCAGCCUCCGCUUAUUUUUCAGUGAAUGCAGAGAGUGGAGAGAUACUUGCAGUGCGUUCCUUCGACUAUGAGCAAACAAAAGAGUUCCAUAUUCGCGUCAAAGCGCAGGAUGGAGGAUCCCCUCCACUCAGUAGCAAUGUGACAGUUAAAAUACUGAUCCAGGACCAGAACGACAACCCUCCUCAGGUUCUGUACCCAGUCCAGACUGGUGGCUCUCUGGUGGCGGAAAUGGUGCCUCGUUCAGCAGAUGUGGGCUAUCUGGUCACUAAAGUGGUGGCUGUUGAUGUGGACUCUGGACAGAAUGCCUGGCUCUCCUAUAAACUGCAGAAAGCCACAGACAGGGCGCUGUUUGAAGUGGGCUUACAGAAUGGAGAAAUAAGAACUAUCCGCCAAGUGACUGAUAAAGAUGCUGUGAAACAAAGACUGACUGUUAUAGUGGAGGACAACGGGCAGCCCUCUCGUUCAGCUACAGUCAUUGUUAACGUGGCGGUGGCGGACAGCUUCCCUGAAGUGCUGUCUGAGUUCACUGACUUUACACACGACAAGGAGUACAAUGAUAACCUGACCUUUUACUUAGUGCUGGCUCUGGCUGUAGUCUCCUUCCUCUUCAUCACGUACGUAGGAGGUACCGGUACGAUGAAGCAGGCAAUCAGUUACGAGGUGUACGGAACUACUGAUUCCCGGAUGAGUGAUAUCAAGUGUCCCCGACCCUUCAACGCACAGACACGCUACAGCAUCCCGGAGGAACUGAAACAGGGCUCUGUGGUAGGAAAUCUAGCCAAAGAUUUGGGUUUGGUUGUAUCUGAACUGUACCGACGUAAAUUGCGGAUAACCUCGGAAGCUGGUAAGCAGUAUUUUAAUGUGGACUUGGGGAAGGGAGAACUGGUGGUGAUUGAUAGGAUAGAUAGGGAGGAACUGUGUGGACAAAGACCGUCAUGUUUGUUGCCAUUGGAACUCGUCAUAGAUAACCCGCUACAGCUGCAUAGAGUGGAAAUUGAAAUAUUGGAUACAAACGACAAUUCUCCUAGUUUUCUUACUAAUGAAAAAGUGUUAAAAAUUGCAGAGCUGGCCAAUCCAGGCACGCGUUUUCUGUUAGAGAGUGCACAGGAUCCCGACGUUGGCCAUAAUUCUGUACGCUCUUACCUCAUAAGCAAAAAUGAUCAUUUCAAAUUGACUGUUAAAAACCAUAAGGACGGUAGAAAAAUCCCUGAAUUGGUCCUCGAAAAACCUCUUGAUCGAGAAAAGCUGCCUGUACACAAUCUUAUUCUCACCGCUGUAGAUGGGGGAGAUCCGGUGCGUUCAGGGACAUCUGAAAUUACGGUUAUAGUACUUGACAACAAUGAUAAUGCCCCGCAGUUUGAAAAACAGGUAUAUGAGGCUAAUGUCAGCGAAAAGGCAACACCCGGAACUGAAAUAUUGCAUGUUAAAGCUACAGAUUCAGACGAAGGACUAAAUGGAGAAAUCAAAUAUUUGUUUGCAGAACAAACUACAUAUCUGAUUUUAUCAUUAUUUGACAUUGAACCUUCUACUGGAGUAAUUAUUGUCAAAGGAAUGUUAGACCAUGAAACAAACCCUUUACUUAGAUUUGACAUAACUGCUAAAGACAAAGGUAAUCCUGAGAUGGAUGGGCAUUGUGGCGUCGAAAUUAAAAUAGUUGACAUUAACGACAAUAUUCCUGAAAUUAUUGUGACGUCUUUAACAACACCUGUUCCAGAAGACUCUGCCGUUGGAACAGUUAUUGCGUUGAUAAGUGCAAAAGACCCAGAUUCUGGUAACAAUGGUAAGAUUACCUUAAGCGUGUCUUCCAAAUCCCCCUUUAAGUUAAAUCCUUCGGUCUCUAACCAUUACUCAUUAGUAACAAAUGGGCCACUUGACCGUGAAACAAAUAACCAGUAUAGUGUCAAGAUAAGUGCUACUGAUGCUGGAAAGCCCCCUCUAUCGAGUGAAAAAAUAAUACUUGUUGAAUUGCUAGAUGUAAAUGACAACCCACCAGUUUUCUCACAUCCUUCUUAUGUCGUUUAUGUAAAAGAGAAUCAUGCUCCUGGGAAGAUUUUGUGCUCAGUGUCAGCAACUGAUCCGGAUUCUGGUGACAACGCGAAAAUAUCCUACUCCAUCUUGGACUCUAAAGUGCAGGACGUCUCUGUCUCCUCGUAUGUUUACAUUAACUCAGAUAACGGCAGCAUCUACAGCAUGCACUCGUUUGACUAUGAGAAACUGAAAGUGUUUCAGAUUCAGGUUCAGGCAAAGGAUCAGGGCUCUCCGUCUCUCAGCAGCAACACCACUGUCCAUGUUUUCAUCCUGGACCAGAACGACAAUGCCCCCGCUGUUAUUUACCCCUCCUCCGCUGCCCUGGGCUCCCUCUCUCAUCAGAGGAUGCCCCGAACUGCUAAAGCGGGUCACCUGGUUACUAAGGUGACGGCCGUGGACGCUGACUCGGGCCAUAACGCCUGGAUCUCCUACAAACUGGCGGAGGCCACCGACACCUCUCUGUUCACUGUCAAUCUGUACACAGGGGAGGUGAGGACUAAACGCGCUGCGUCCGAGCAGGACGACUCCUCUCAGAGGCUGCUUAUAGAGAUCAAGGACGACGGGGAACCGGUCCAGUCCGCCACCGUCACGGUGUCCAUCCUGAUGGAGGACGGCCUCCAUGAGCCCAUCUUAGACCUCCGACAUAAAGUAGCCGAGCCCAAGCAGGAAAACUGGGAGAAUCACCCUUUAUUUGAUUCUCUCUCUGGCCUCGGUGUCCGUGUUAUCUCUGGUGACUUUUCUCAUCUUAGCGGUUAAAUGCAUGAGGAACAGCACAAGCAGCGGUAGUUGCUGCAUGAGACAGACCGACUGUGAUCAUUACAAGAACCCCAACAGAAACCUGCAGAUUCAGCUCAACAGUGAUGGACCUAUAAAGUACGUGGAGGUCCUGGGAGGAGACAUGAUGUCUCAGAGUCAGUCCUUCAGGUCCUGUAUGUCUCCAAUGUCAGAGUACAGUGAUUUCACUUUGAUUAAGCCCAGCAGCACCACUGACUUUAAGGAGGUGAUCAGUGUUCUGGAUGCGUCUUUACCCGACAGCACCUGGACCUUUGAGAGC